AGAAAGCAACGACAACAACAACAACAACCACUAUCAAAACAAAUGGAAGAAGGAAAAGGAAGGGCAAAAGGCAACGGAGACAUAAAAAGAGCUGAAGCAAGGAAUCCAAAGUUGCAGCAAGCCUAUGCCUUUUGGAAUGAGCUCGCUUUGGGGCUUGACCAACGGCCCUGAAGGGAGAAAAGCAUAUGUGCCACUCUCUCGGCAUCUUUUGGUGCCAGGACCCUGAACGCUAGCAGAGUGUCCAGUGAGAAAGCAUAGAAAUUGGAGCGGACCUCACUGGAGAGCAAAGUUGAGGCAAGGGUUUCUUGUUGUCUGGGGAGGGGUUGUCCUCAGGCAGGGGUCUGGGGAGGGGAGACCCCUAAAGGGGAGAGGGUAGGGGGGCAGACCUAUGUUUGCACAAGUGUGUUAGGACGUGAAUGGUGAGCCCACGGCAUUCCUCUGCAGCCCGCAUUUGUGUGCUGAACUUGGAAGGCCCGCAGUGACUCUCUAGCGGGCAAGGCUGGAAGGCCCAAUGGCCCCGAAUCAUUUGCAUCCGGAGCCCUUUGGUCCAGGGGGCCAGGUCGGAAGUGCGUGCGGGGCUUCGUCAAGGGGAAUUCCCCGAGAAAAGUGUCGGUGGUUGGAUGGCGGGAGUGGGAGUGGGCAGGCCCUCGGCCGCCUCAGCGAAUGAGGAGCUUGCACGUGCGGGGGUGGGGCCGUGGGAAAGCCCCCAAAGGACCGAGGGGGCGGGGCCAAGGCCCUUUUUGGAGACGACGGUGUGAGGGAAGGAGGCAUCGGCGUGCAGCUGCAGGUAGGAGAUGGAAACCCUCGUGGGCCUUGUUUGCAGAGCCCCGGGGGCUGCUUCUGAGCACGGGGGAGGUGCGUGUCCGGCUCCCUUCAACGUCUUAGCCGGAGGGCGAGGUUGUCGGGCCAGCGCCGCUGGUGCGGAUGCCCUUCGGGGACCCUCUGUCCCUGAGGGGCCGUCGCCGGCAGUCGGGCGCCCCCAGCGGGGUGACUUGGCUCCUGGGUCAGCGGGGCUGGCGCCUGGCCAGAAAGUCGCCCUGAGUUGGAGGGGGCCGUGGGGGGUGGGCGCUGGGCUUCAGAAUCUGGGGAACACCUGCUACGUGAACGCGGCGCUGCAGUGUCUGAGCCACACGCCGCCCCUGGCCAGCUGGCUGGUGUCCCGGCAGCACGCCACCCUCUGUCCGGCCGGCAGCUCCUGCACGCUCUGUGCCAUGCGAGCUCACGUGACCCGAGCCCUCCUUCACGCGGGAGAGGUGAUCCGGCCCCGCAAGGACCUGCUGGCGGGCUUCCACAGACACCAGCAGGAAGAUGCCCACGAGUUUCUGAUGUUCACUCUGAAUGGCAUGCAGCAAGGGUGCCUGAGUGCAUCCCAGCCGUCGGGCCACGCCUCCGAGGACACCAGCGUCGUCCGUCAGAUCUUCGGCGGGACGUGGAGGUCUCGGAUCCAGUGUCUCCACUGCCUCGGUGUCUCGGACACGUUCGACCCUCAUCUGGACGUCAGCCUGGAUAUCACGGCGGCUCAGAGUGUGGAGCAAGCUCUGAGAGAGCUGGUCAAGCCCGAGAAGCUGGAGGCGGAAAAUGCCUAUGACUGUGGCGUUUGUCUCCGGAAGGUGCCUGCCACCAAGAGGUUGACUUUGCACAGCACGUCCCAGGUCCUGGUGCUGGUGCUGAAGCGGUUCACACAGCUGAGCGGGGCCAAAAGGGCUCAGGAGGUGCGCUAUCCCCAGCGCCUGGACGUGCAGCCCUACACGUCUGGGGAAGCAGGGCCACUGGGCUACGUGCUCUAUGCCGUGCUGGUGCACUCCGGGUGGAGCUGUGAGCGAGGACACUACUUUUGUUACGUCCGAGCCGGCAACGGCCAAUGGUAUAAGAUGGACGAUGCCAAGGUGACCGCCUGUGACGAGACUGCUGCCCUGAGCCAGAGCGCCUACGUCCUGUUCUACGCCCGGGAGGGUGCGUGGGAAGGGGGCGCUGGGGGAGGGGCAGCGGCCCCCCUCGGGGCUGACCCCGCAGACCCCGGGCAGCCUGCAGGAGACGCCAGCGGCAGAGCUCCUGGGUCGCAGGAGUCCCCGGGGGACACAGAGGCCGAAGGGAUGAGCUUAGAGCAGUGGAGACGCCUGCAAGAACACAACGACCGAAGCCGGCCUUGGAGCUGCGCAAGAUCCAGGCUGCCCUGCCUGCCGGCGCAGUCGGUGAUUCACCGGUCCAGACCCGGAGGAGGGAGAAACCGGCCCGCGCCCGCACAGGAGCACCACCGGCUCGACCGGCCAGCACGGACACCCCGCCUCCGGGGCCGACGGACGUCGACCGCGGCCCUUGUGCCAGCGGGGAGGGCCAGAGCGACCAAGGGGAGGAACAAGAAGCCGCGGCCAUCUCUGGGGCUGUGGCGGUAG